GUCCCAAGGGUUUGCUUGGCUUACUCUCUCUCUCUCUCUCUCUCGGUCUCUCCCCUCCUCUCCCGCGGCGGCGCCUGCGAACCCGAACCCAUCCGCCGCCACGCCAUGGCCAAGUUCAACGUGGUGCAGAAGAACAAGCGCCAGUGGAAGCAGGACCGCAAGCGCGCCGCGCAUGGGGAGCCCGGCACCGGCAAGCUCAAGCAGCGGACCGCGCCCAUCUCCAUGUCCGGCAAGCGGAAGCGCAAGCUCGAGCGCCGCCUCAACCGGGAGCAGAAAGAGGCCGCGAUGAUUAAGGCGCUGGAGAACAACUCGGGGGAUGUCGACAUGGCCUCUGCCGAAGAGUCUUCAGAAGCUGCAAAGGGCAAGCCUCAAGUGAAGCUCACUGUGAAGAAAACCACCAGGAUACAGAUCAAAAGAUUAAAAGGCAAAGGUAGAAAGAAAGCCAAAAAUGCAAAACCGCCUACAAAGGACAAAGUAGACUCCAUGGCAGAGUGAAGGACAGGACCCAAUCGCCAGGACUGUGGAGAGUGACCUUGGCCGAACACUGGGCUGGGCUUGAAUGUUCAUUAGGAACUACUUAGAUCUGGUGUUAAUGUAUCGAACCUCAAACAUGAAUCAAGUUUUGUAAUAGUUGAGUAUGCAUGUUUUUUUUUUCUUUCCCCAGUUCCUGUUGGUUGUGGAGAUGUCUUGUUCUGAAUGUGCGCACGUCAGUUUUUAUGAUCAACAAGUUUCGUUGUUGUGUA